CAGGACAAGCCCUGCCAUCCUGGGGAUUUCCUUGGGCCCAGUGCUGCAGGAGCAGCUGCCAUCCUACUCUCCAUCUUGGAUGCAGGAGCUUCUCCAUGCACUCAGUCUUCAUUCCAGGACUGCUGCCAUGAGGAAGGGUUGUGGCUUUAGUCUGCAGUCACUAGUGCAAAGCUGUGCUGUGACCAACAUACAAGCAGGCAGAUACCAGAGUUAAGAGUCAUGUAGGAGGAAGAAAAACUGGCAGAAGAUCUAGAUAUGAAGAUUGCCUAGUUCUGUGAAUGAAGACAGAACUUGCAUUCCUGAGUACAGGAAGACUCUCAGUGUGGAAGUCUUGCAGCUGAGAGAGCACUUCUGGUGAACACAGCAAAGACAUAUGGGGUCUUCAGAAUGCAGACAAGCAACCGAUGUGUGGUGUCAUCAAAAUGAAGGAUUGAAAGGAGACGUAAACAUUGGAAGUAAUACGUCAGACUUCUGAAUAGAGUGAUUACAGCAAGAGCAAAGCUUGAUGGCAGAAGUUGGUUCAAUCUGUCUGGAGAAAUGUUUAACAAGAUUGUGGGGCUGGGGACUGAGUUUUCACAAAUUCAAGCUGGAAAAAGGUGGCAAUUUUUAUUAGGGAAGACUCAAGUGAUGAAGUCAAAUAUUGCUAUGAAAAAAUUCAAACUUGCUUGCUGAAGAAAGACCACAACGUGCCGUGCUGUACGUAUAGUAUUCAAGGAUACACCUUCUUUUUAUCUGAGCUAAGGCAUUAAGUAAACAGAAAGCAAUAAACUCAGCCAGACUUGCACAAAGCUGUAUCCAGCAGGAAGCUCCAGAGACAGAAAAUAUUGUAGAGCAUUGCUCAGAGGCAUGGGAAAUCUCCACUGAGGCUGAUUGUCUGGAAAGUUCCACUUAUCAAAUGGGUACAGAGGAUCACCCCACAUGUUGAGCUCUGACCAAGGUUUCCCUUAGGUGAUUUUCAUCAGUGGAGACUUUGCAUUACACAGAACUCCAUGCCAAAGUUCACAUCUGAAAACAUCUUCUGAAGAAGGCUUUGGACUUCACCUUAAGAAAGACAGAUUUCCACUUUAGGCACUACGUCAUUUUCCUUCCUGUGAGAAUAACAUGAACCAGAAGGUGCUGGUUUUCCUUCUCCCAAAUUUCGUAUUUGGGCUAUUUCUUUUUGGGGUUUUCUGUAGGAGACAAAAAAACCUAACAGAUGCUUUUCCCAAUCCUACUGAAAAUUGGCUGGCAAUUCAAAAUGGUCGGAAAACCACACUGGCUUCUGUCUGCCUGAAGAAUGACCUUGAUAAACCAAGAAGCAAAUUGGAUUCUCGUGUUGCAAACCAGCUUUUUGUGGAGCACAAGCAUAAAUUUAUCUACUGUGAGGUGCCUAAGGUAGGCUGCUCCAACUGGAAGAGAACUAUUUUUCUUCUUCAAUCAGACUUGAAUGCAGAAGCUUCUGAAAUUGAGCAUGACAACAUCCACCACACCUCACUAAUCAAAAGGCUGGUGUCUUACCCUCCUGCCUUACAAAAGGAAUUUCUAAGCAAUUACACCAAAGUGAUGUUCACCAGACAUCCCUUUGAACGGCUGGUUUCAGCUUACAGAGACAAACUCCUGCAUUCUGAACCAUUCUACAGUACCACUAUUGCUAACGAGAUUAGGGCAAUGUUCAGGAAAAACAAAAACUCUCCUGAAAAAGUGAGUUUCCAGGAGUUUGUCAACUACAUUAUUGCAAAACCACCACAUACUCUUGACAUUCACUGGAAACCAAUGUUUCUGCUUUGUGAUCCUUGCAACAUUCACUAUGAUAUUGUGGGUAAGUAUGAAACUCUUGGGUUGGACUCUCAGCAUGUUCUGAAGGUCAUUGGUGCACCAGAGAGCCUGCAAUACCCCAGCUUGAAGAGAUAUGGCUCAGAGAAACGAACUGAUGGUGAUAUCACCUUAGAGUACCUCAGACAACUGACCUCAGAACAAAUUGAGAAGAUCAAAAAAUUGUAUGAAAUGGAUUUUUUUUUGUUCAACUACACUAUGAAAUAUGAGGAUUAUUUUUCCCCAAAUGACUAAUGUAGGUUAAACAAAGAGCAGUUUUCUUUGUACAAAACGAGUGGAACUCGUCCUCACAGGUGCUUGAUAGGUGGGUUGUGACUGCUGCUGAGGUUAUCCUGGAGUUUGUAGAUAUGGUUUAUCAUUCUAAGCACUCUUAUAUAAAAUCCCUGCCAUGAUCUCUUGUUCCAUGCAGACCUUUACCUAUUAAAAUUAUUGUCUUCCUAUUGAUCUUUAACAGCAUAUGUUUGUUUCAUGAAAAUUGUUUAUAAGUGAUAGAUUUUGGUCCAUUGGUAAAAGACAUGGGAAGGGUAAAGAAUGUUGUAUUUCACAAUGAAUAUUUUAGAACACCAUUUUAAAAUCUUUUUUUUAUUAGAAAAUUGCAUAAGAAGCAAUAAAUAAUCUGCUUGAGACUUAAACCACUGUCUGCAAGAGCCUUGAUCAUAAAUGCUGUAGGAAAGGAGCAAAUAACUUCAGGUGUUGAAGCUGCAUUAAACAGAACCUAAUGCCAGGAUAUCUUCCUAUCUAGCAGUGCUCUCAUCACAGACCAUCAGCCUCAUCCCUUAAGCAGCACAGUUGUCAGCAUUAUAGCUCUUAAAAAUCUUCUGAUGAGCAGAUCUGGCAUUCAUGGUGACCUUACAAACUCUUUUCACCAGUUUUGUAAACAUUUUAGCAGAAGGUCUGAAAAAUGCAUCGGAGUUUUUUUAGAGACAUAGUUAGAGGUACCUUCUAAACUGUUCUACUAGGGUGGUGCAUGGUCUAAAAUCUCAGUGGAAAGGUGAUUCUUAUUUAUUCUCCAAAAGAACUUAACACCCAGUCAAGCAGUGGGGACAAAGUCUGGGCUUUCCCAUUUGUGCUGCUGGAAUCCACAAGCCCCCGGAACUUACCUGGGCAUGGCACUUGGGGAGAGCUGGGUAACCUUAGAUAAUGCAUUUGUUCUACUUCUCACAUUACAGGAAAAUGACUGCAAAUAAAUUCUGGAGUUAUGGUGAGGGGAACAAGGAAUAAGGAAACGUGGGAGAAGCAACUCAAAUCAUUACCCCCUUCUUAUAUUCCUAGGUGAAUUUGGUUUUAGAUCACUGAGGGGUGACAUUUGUCCCCUUUUAAAAAAAUCUAUUGUCUAGUCACGUCCUAAUAUUAAUUUGUGACCACAUUAAUUUUAACAGGUUUUAGCAACUAAUUGUAACUAUUGGCACCAUCUCUAGGGGAUGUCAGUCUCUCAGCACCUAACUUGAAAAUCUCUCAAAUGUACUUGGUUCCUCUCAGCUAAAUCUGAAAAUGCAUAAAGGCUGGCAGUCUUGGACCCAAAGGUGGUUCUCAGCUUCUCAUUACACAGAAAAGGACAGAUACAAACUAAGUUAACCACAGAGUAGUCACCAAUCUGUACAGCCUUUGCUGCCAGCAACAUGGGCAAGGGAGAGGAAAAAGGAGACUGAAAAAUUGACACAAUAGGGUUUAAGUUAUGAAGGUUUGGAGGAGCCCUCACAGUGCAGGAAGUGGGUUGCAGGAAUUAUCUGCUCCAGUGGGAAGGUGCAGUGAUAUACAACAUCAGUUGGAGACAGUGAUCAGGUCACAGUGACAGAAGAAGGCCCAGAAAGAAAUGCUUUCUAUACAAGCCAGGACUAGCAUUCAGUACAUCUGGCAGGUCUUGCCUGGCUGACUAUUUCCUAAAUGGGGCAGCUUUGGAACAAAGAGAGAUUCAAAGUGAGAAGACCAAGCAAGAACAGCAAAACCAUUUGGAAAAAAAAAGUCUAUGAUUUUAUGCAGAAUGAUUAAUAUUUCUGCAUCUUACCCUCACCAUCACCAUAUUUGGUGUCCCCAUAACCCUACUAUUCCCUGAUACCAGAUUGUUCAUGCUGCCCUGGUAGCUCUGUAGUUUAUGUAGGUUUUUCUUUUUUCUUUAUUUGUUAGUUUUCUUUAGUCAGAGGAAGCUGGAAAUUACUCCCAUCAAAGUUAAGGCUGUGCAGAAGGAUGCAGUCUCUCUUUCCUGAAUCAGAGAUACAUGCUUCAGAUCAUGCAGAGGUAGAGAGGAAUAAGAUUUGCUUCAUAACUCACUUCUGCAUGAGAGAUCCCUCUAGAGCUAUAUCUGAAGCUGUAAGAAUAUCUAAAAAUUCAUAAGUACUCUGGCACUCCUUCAGCCUAGGAAAGCUCUGAAGAAAUGAUACUGACAGAGUUUUAUAGAUGUCUUUGCUAUCAGCAUUCAGUGUUAACACAGCCCUCCAGUUUCUUGCUGUUAGAUGUUAGUGGCUUUCUAUUCUUAUUUCCUCUUUCACAGGUUCACAUAUUGUUCCUACAGUGGUUGCAGAAAAAUGAUGGCUAAUUCAUUCAUCACAAGCAUUAGACAGUAGCAGAAGGGUAUCUAUUAAAGCAGAAAAAUCUCUGUAACUAUUCACAGCAGACUUUGAGUUUUGCCAUUUGCCUAUAGUGAACUGUAAGUAGCACAUUGCCUCAGCUUACUGGCUGCUGUAAUGCUGUUUAGCUGGUGUGGGUCUGAACAAAUAAAAGCUGCAAAGGACAUAUGUGUGCAUGCAGGCUCAUAUAACAAGAGGUGUAAAGCCUUCCCUACAAGUGCACUGUCCAGAAUAACACUCUAAGCUGAGCUAGGCUCCCUCCUGACUUUUGCCCACAGAAUAACCCUCAGUGGAUCUCCUUUCCUUUGGAUGCUAACCCUUGGUGGUGUGUUCCUGGGAGGAAAAUGGAUUCUUGUUGGGAGCAAGGGUGGAGGCAGUGUAGUGAGGCUCAGGACCCAGAGACGAUUUAAAUGUGGAGGGAGUGGCAUAAUUCAUCUUUUGAUUUAUUGUUAUAUGCCUGCAAUAUAAUCAUUGCAAUGUUCAUUCCUGAUUAAUAAACUGUAGAGAGUUAACACAUUAAUCUAUUUGUUCAUCCUUCUCAAUAACAUCUGUUUGAAAAACAAACCUACCUCAAAGUUGUUCUAUCAAAUCAAAACAAAGGCUGCACACUAUUAGGCAACAAUCAAUACAAAGCUGCUUGCCUCUGCUUUUCUACAUUAAUACAUCUGGCUCACAGAAAUUUUAAAGAAUUGAAAGAAUUAGCAAAUACUAAUGCAUGCUCCAGUUUGGAGAAAAAAUGCAAAUAAGUAGAAAAAAUGAAGAGAAAGAAAAAAAUCUUGCAAAGUCAAAGUAGCAUCUUUCCCACAAAUCUAUCUAUCAGCAGUGAGAAAAUAAGAGACUUUUCCCACUCUCAUAGAAAUCCUCACACAUGCUUUCAGGAUAGGUGUCCACAAAUCUGACAUCACACUUUCUUCAUGGAAGUAUAACAGAUUAACAGAUGAUCUGUGUCUGUCAGCAAUGGAGACCAUGUCACCAGCUGUUCCUUGAAGAUGUUUCCUCCACUUUAAAAACAAUUAUUCUGCCUGCAAGCAGUCCUAAUUUUUCACACAGUUUUGAACUUGAGUCUUACCAGGUAAACUGUGAUUAGUGGUUUCUUGCUUGCUUCAAAGAUCAGGACAGGUGUGAAGAGAAUAAAAGGUGUGAGCAGUGAAAUUUCAAAUGUCCUGUGUUCCACAGAAGUGUCUCUGACUAAUGGCAAGAAGGGGAAACAGCACCCAUGCAAGUCAUUGCACAUCAGACAAACUGCAGUAUUCACUGCUCACAGCUACAAGAUGAUUCCAUUUCUGUGUUUAGAGUGUCAAUAAGUCAAAAGCUUUUAGCUUGAUGAUAGCCAGGUUUUUUUGCUUGUCUGUCAUAGAAGGAGAAAAAGAAAAUGAAACAGGAAAAGAAAAAGACACCCACACUCCAUGACCCUCCCUUUGGCCUGACAUGAUUUCUCUCUGUCACAGCAGUUCUUACCUCCCUUCCUUCCAGAAUUAUAAUUUAGGACAUGCUUUAGUAUAAAAAAAAAAAGUUAUUGAAUUGGGUGACAUACAUAAAUCAAUGUAAACCAAAUAAAAUCAAAACAGGCAGAGAAUUUACCUGAUAGAAAUGUCUGAAAUUUCAGGAACUUCCUCUUGCAAGUUCUGAACAGGUAUCAAACGUAAACAGGGGGGCAGUUGCAAUGAUGCUUCUAGUAACAGCUCUUUUUAUAGAAAAAGCUCAAGUGAUCAUAAAUCUCAGUCAGUAUACUGAGGCUGAAAUUCCAAAUGAAUCAGCAGAGCAAAAAUGAGUGAUGUAUAACAAGAUCAGGUUUGUGAAAAGGACAUAGUUCCACACUGUUUCAGCACUACGCAUGUACCUCACCUUUGCUCACCUCUACUAAAACAUUUCCUUUACAUCUUCAGGACCCUGAUUAUGGCUUCUUUUGGAGAUGUACCAAAGCUUAGCAAGAUGAAAAGGUUUUCUCAGAAAGUCCCAUUCCCCAUAACCCUGUAAAGCUAUUGUUAACAAGAUUAUGCAGCAUUUGUGGAGUCCCACCAAAGGAGCAACAAUCCAGCCACAAGUGGGGCUCAGAGCAGAACUUAGCAGGAGUACCCAAAUCCAGGUAGGCAAAUUCCAGUUUAUAUUUCUAUUCUGUAGCAGAACUAAGAGGAAAGCUCUUUAUGUACAAAUCUAUGACUAAUAUCCCAACUCUUACCUCACUUGAUUGUCCUCCAUUUUUUCCCAGAUCCCUACUUCAGUAUUCACCUGAGCUGCAUGUAUGGACUCCUGCUGAGUUCCCACAGCUGGGGACCUCCAAACAGGUGCUACAGAUGCUGACUUACUCAGGCACAGGUUGUUUUCAGGUGAAUUUGCUGGAUGUACUGUCAGAAAGCUUCUUGUGUCGGAAUGUUUUUCAAGCACCUGCUCCACCAUAUUACCUACUACAAUUUGAGAUGUAAAUAUAAAGUGAAAGAUGUUUUGAAGGUAUUCCACCCCCUUAAAAACAAGCUCAUCUUCUAUUCAGAUAGGUUUAAUGGUUAAGGAAGAAAGCUCUUUUGGGGAUUUACUUCAGGUUUCAGAGGCCUCUGUUAAUCAUAAACCAAAAGAACCAGGAAACCCUCUCUCAUGAGGGGCCGUCAUUUUCUACAGGGUUAAGUUUUGUUUACCCUCAGAGAUGUGUUAAGAUUGGUCCUUAAGGAUGCCUGCAUGGCAAAAGAGCCCCUUAAGAUUUCUAGCUUGAAAUAAGCAUGGAAAAGUGACAAAUUUAAGAGAGAAUCCACCUGACACCUGACAUUAAACAAUUGAUUUUAGGUCCAGGCUAUCUCAGAAAGACAGCACAGGCAAGAAACAAACACAGAGGAAAACCAAACAAAUUAAUAUAAGCAGAUUAUGAUCCUGAUGAUAACUUCUGGCUAGGAACUUCAACUGAGGACUUUGCCCACAAUGCCAACUGCUGCCUGCAACUGGCCAACAAAACUCUUUGUAAAACAGCUUAGCAAGCCAAUUUUUCAGGCUUUGUACGCUGACAAUGUUUCAUUUUGUUCAUCUGUGCUGCCCUCCUUUGAAUUCUCUAUAGUUCCAGGUGUUUUCCAGCUCUCCUGGAGCACCCAAAGCUGGAUGCAAAUCUGUGACUUUACAGAGGUCACAUAGAUUGAAAGUAUGAACCCAGGUAUGUCACAUAUUAUUAAGUUCCCAUUUGUACUCUCAGUUCAGUGUUAAUUCAGUGCCAACCCUUGUAGGAACAAAUCUCUUAUUGUGAUUUAAAAAUUGAACCAUGAUACUCCAUGAAAAACAUCCCAGGACUUGAGAUAUGUAUUUUAACCCAAGCUCUUGAACCUGGACUGUUCAAACUCUCCAGCCUCAUAAGGCCAGACUUUUGGUCGUUGGGGUUUGUUUCUGUUUAGUUUUGUUUCCCUGUUGACAGCUAGGACCCUUGGAAUUUGGGCACUGAAACGCCCGAAGUCUUUGGAGCAAGUAUCCAAUUAUCAUCCGCGUCCAUAUGGGGCCAUCUGGUGGCGAAAGGGGCUCGGCAGGGGAGGCUCUCCCGGACAGAGGUCCUUGAAGGGUGCUGUGUUUCAAUUCUACUUUUUUCUUUCAUGAAGCUUUGUAUCUCAAGACUGUCAUGCCUGUUCUUUCUCUCCUCUUCUCCCUCUGAUUAUCUUCCUCUUUCCUUGGACAAGAAUUCAGUUUCAUCUUGACCACCAGUGGCUUUCUUGUCCCAGUAGUUUUUUUGCAGGCUCUCCACAAGCUUUCCUACCUAACUUGCUUGAUGGUGAGGACUGAGCAGCUGCUGACACUGGAAGUUACACUGUGCUGUCUCAGCAAGAGCUUCUGUUUCUGUACUGCAUUUAGCUUCUUCCAUGGUGAAAGCCUACCUUUGUAAAAUUUUUUUCUCACCUGUAACUGGGCAGGAAAAUAUGGCAUUAUGGAUUUGAUUUACAAUUAAGCUCUAACUGGACUUUAUGGUUCCAUUUGAUAUAAAAUAAUUUAUGAAGACAGUUAAUAUUCCCUUAAUUAUAUUUGGAAAGGUGUUUUCUUUUGUGUGCUGUGAUUCAAAUCUGUAAUUUUUUUCAGGAAGAUGUUUAUCCAUUCAGUCUCUCUGAAUAUCUCUUUAUGAGUUUUAUCCUCAUUUGACAACCUAAAAAACAAGUAUGGCACAUGGUGAUAUAGGAAUAUGUAACCUGUCAUUAGGCAUUUAAAGUGCAACCCAAUACCUCCAUUAUUAAUUUCAGCCAAAGUUCUGCUGAACAUGAUGAAAGCUGAAAUAACAUUGUUUUCCAGGAAUCCAUAUGCAUGUGUAUCAAAGUGAAAAUAUUUUGUGACAAUUACAGAAAACUGCCUGUGAGAGAAAUGCAAUUUCUAGAAUGAAAAUUAAAUCCAGCAAACAAAUUGCAAUCAGUGUCCCUGUAUUAUUUUAGCCCAGUCUUUCAAUUUCUGAAAAUGCUUAUGCUCUCAGAGGCAUUUUCUCAAGGUCUUUGGCAAGACUCUUGAUAACAUUAUAAGAGAAACAGAAUUUAUUAUUACUCCAAGUGAUAUACAGGAAAAAAAAAAACACCACAAAAAUAUUAGCUUCCAGGUAGUAAAUAUCAUAACUAACUAAUAGCCACACUUAUCAGCUUUGUAAAACCCAAAAAUUGUUUCUUCAGCUUGAUAACAUCCCCAUUAGGGAAGCAGAGGUCUUCUGCUAGUAUUUGUGAAGAGGAUAUCUGUUUCUCUUUGCUUCCUGUCUAGUCAUUGGGCAGCCUUGCAAAAUUGUACUUACUUACCUGAGGCAAUGAUGCAUUGGAUGCAUGAAUAAAACACCUCUGACAAUUGUUCUUCA